CACCAUGCAGCAGGAUAACUGCUCCAAUACUUCUCAAUUCAGCGAGGCUCUUCUAAUAUACAAAGCCAGCAGUGCUGUACUGAGCCUGUGCUUCGUUCUGGGGGUUCCUGGUAACGUAGCAGUGCUGGUGAUGCUCGUCCGACGCCUGAAGGAGAAGAACUUCACCCUCAGUCUGAUGCUGAGUCUGGCGGUGUCUGAUCUGCUGACUCUGCUUCCUGUGCCGGUGUGGAUCUGGGCUUUCAUACAUGGCUGGAUCUUCGGAUCUGUGGUUUGCAAGAUAACUGCCUACAUUCAGUACUGGAGCUUCUACUGCAGCGCACUGUGUGUAAUUCUGAUGAGCUUCCAGAGGUACAUGCAGGUUCUGCAUCCUCAGACAUGGGCUAAACUUGGAGACCGAGGACAGAAGGGUCUUCUGGGUGGGAUCUGGAUCCUGAGUGGACUGUUUGCUCUAUAUGCUCCCGUCCAGCGUGACGUACAAAGUGACCAACAUGGAUUCCAGCUCUGUUGUGAACAGUUUGGGAGUGAUACAGAGGAAGUAUCCACUCUGUUCUUUGAAAUCCUGCUGUUUUUGAUCUGUUUCUUCUCGAUGGUUCUCUUUUACUAUCGUCUUCACCGAGGAGUUAAAGAGUCUGCGCUCUUCAGCUGCAGCAGAAUGACCAAGCUGGUGACGAGGAUCGUUGUGAUGUUUUUUGUUUUAUUUAUCAUGUCUCCGUUUGCAAACUUGUUGAUUAUAAUUGCGGUGCUGCUCAAAAAUCCCAAUCUGACCAAAAUCGCCAACUUUUGUGGCAAAAUAUCAAGAGCUCUGACAUUCCUUAACAGCUUUGUGAAUCCAUUUCUGUAUGCAUUCACUCUUAAAGAUUUAAGAAAAUAACGUGUAAAUACCUGCUCUGAUGGAUACUUUGAUUGUUUGGA